GGGCCGGCCGGGGGGAGGCGGAGGCCGAAGCCCCGGGAAGUUUUUUCCACGUUUGCAAAGUCUGCCUCCGGAGCCCGCGCCGGGACCAGGCCUGCCCCACUCCCGGACCCACUCCCCGCUCCUGGGCACCGUCGGGGGCUGCAUGGCGGCGCUGGCACGUGCGGCCCGGCCCGGGGACCCCCCGCGCUGGCGGCCCCGGACCCCCCCGGCCGCGCCGCCGCCCUCGCUGCUGCUGCCCCUGCUGCUGCUCGGCGUGGCGGGCCGGGCGGCGCCGGGCCUGGGGCCCGAGCUCCAGGUGGAGCGGCGCUCUGUGCCCGAGCAGUGCCCGCGGACCGUGCGCGCCGGAGACUUCGUGCGCUACCACUACGUGGGCACCUUCCCCGACGGCCGCAAGUUCGACUCCAGCUAUGAUCGCGGCUCCACGUUCAACGUGUUUGUGGGGAAAGGACAGCUGAUCGCAGGCAUGAACAAAGCCCUGGUCGGCAUGUGUGUGAAUGAGAGGAGAUUUGUGAAAAUCCCUCCCCAGCUCGCCUACGGGAGUGAAGGCGUCCCCGACGUCAUCCCGCCUAAUUCCGUGCUGCACUUUGAUGUACUCUUGAUGGACCUCUGGAACUCUGAAGACCAAGUUCAAGUCCAUACUUAUUUCAAGCCAGCUAACUGUUCUCGGACGAUCCAGGUGUCAGAUUUUGUAAGAUAUCAUUACAACGGCACUUUCUUGGAUGGGACUCUGUUCGACUCCAGCCACAAUCGGAUGAAAACUUAUGACACCUACGUGGGGAUUGGCUGGCUGAUCCCUGGGAUGGACAAAGGCCUCCUGGGGAUGUGUGUGGGGGAGAAGCGCACCAUCACCAUACCACCUUUCCUGGCCUAUGGCGAAGAUGGCGACGGUAAAGACAUUCCCGGGCAGGCUUCCCUGGUCUUCGACGUGGCCUUGCUGGAUCUGCACAACCCCAAAGACGGCAUUGCUGUCGAGAACACGUUUUUGCCAGAAGAGUGUGAGCGCAGGAGCCGCCCCGGGGACUUCCUCCGCUACCACUACAACGCCUCCCUCCUGGACGGCACCUUGUUUGAUUCCAGCUAUUCACGGAAUCGCACGUUUGACACCUACAUCGGGCAGGGCUACGUGAUUGCUGGAAUGGAUGAAGGCUUGCUGGGUGUUUGUAUUGGGGAGAGACGCCGAAUUGUCAUCCCACCUCACCUGGGGUACGGAGAAGAAGGGCGAGGGAACAUCCCCGGCUCUGCCGUCCUGGUCUUUGACAUCCAUGUCAUCGACUUCCACAACCCCGCGGACUCGGUCAGCAUCACCUCGUACUACAAGCCCGAAAACUGCUCGGUCCUGAGCAAGAAAGGGGAUUACCUCAAGUACCACUACAACGCCUCCCUCAUGGAUGGCACCAGGCUGGACUCCACACUUAAUUUGGGUAAAACCUACAAUAUCGUUCUGGGAUCUGGACAGGUGGUGCUGGGGAUGGACAUGGGUCUCCGAGACAUGUGUGUAGGAGAGAAACGAACAGUCAUCAUCCCUCCCCACCUGGGCUACGGGGAGGCUGGAGUGGCAGGGGAAGUGCCAGGAAGUGCCGUGUUGGUUUUUGACAUCGAACUCCUUGACCUGGUGUCCGGCCUGCCCGAAGGCUACAUGUUCAUCUGGAAUGAUGAGGUGUCCCCCAACCUCUUUGAAGAAAUCGAUAAGAAUGGGGAUGGAGAGGUUCUUCUGGAGGAGUUCUCAGAGUACAUCCACGCCCAGGUGGCGUCUGGGAAAGGCAAGCUUGCCCCUGGCUUUGACGCAGAAAUGAUCGUGAAGAACAUGUUCACCAACCAGGAUCGCAACGGGGAUGGCAAAGUCACAGCAGAAGAAUUCAAGCUGAAAGACCAGGAGACGAGACACGACGAGCUGUGAAGGAGCCAGGAGGGGCCGUGUGGUCCACCCUGGGCGUGAGCCUCUCCCCACACGGCCACGGCCCCGCUUGGCAGGGGGCUGCUGGGGAGCGGGACAGGGCCGCCUUGCUCCCCCCGUCAGGGGUGGGGUGGGGGCUCACAGGGUGGGCAUGGGCAUGGACGUGAGAGCGCAGGGAAGACGGGCACCAACCCCGAACCCUAAUGUGUAAAAAAUUGCUUUUGUUUUCUAACUUCCAGUUUCUAUUCGUCUAGAAGAGCUUCUCUAGCUGUAUAAAGUCAGCAGAAGCGAGCCCCCCAGCCCCACCCCCCAACAUCGGCCAGCCCCCUAAGGGAUCCUGGACGUUUCGCUGCCGUCCCCCUUAAGCAGACCCGCUGGUUCUUUGGGCCUCAGCUCCUGCGGGUCAGAAAGCACCCUGGGGCAGUCCUCUAAGGGUCAUACAGUGGUGGGGGGCUGGAAGGACCCUGGCUACACGGGGGAAUCCUGGGCCAGAGCAGAGUGACUCGUUUCUGGAGUGUUUUUAAUUGGUGCUCCAGCCCUGCUAAAGCAGGGGUGCCCCACUGGGUCUGCCCGGGCCCCUUGGGCAGGCAGCCCUGGGAAGCCCAUGGACGCCUCCUCCCAGUCCUGUCUUUAAAAUAUUCAAAAUAAAAUGCAAGCAUGACAGAGGAAGCCAGUUCUAGUGAGACACAGUGGUCAGGGUGCAGACUGUCCCACAAGACUUGGUACCUGCUUCAGAGUGCACCAAGACUUUGGGGACCCUCUGCCUAAGUUCAUAGAUCCCGGGGGGAGUCCUUGUGUUGCACAUCAGCCGUGUGCCCAGUGGGCACCCCCCCCAGCUGUCCCGUUAGCCUGAUUCCUUCCCUUUCUGCUGCCUCUCUUUGUCUCAUGGAGAGAGCCCUGACCACCCUUGGAGGCCUCAUCUGCCUGAGGAUGCCUGUGCUCCUGCUUGGCCAAGGGCCCGCCGCCGGCCUCCACGGUGCUGACUGUGACCGCUUUAUUUGACUGGAUGACAGUAUUUUGUCCCAGUGGAAGUGGAGAGCAGAUCACUAGAAUGUUGGGCAGGUACCGAUGCCCAGCAGGCCGAUAACAGAACUUUUGUUACAUAAAAUAGUGAACGAGGUU